AUUUGUUUUAAGUUUGUUUCUAUAGAAAUUCUAGUAAAAUUUUUCUUUUGUCAAGUCAAACUAAUGAACGGUGUUUCAUUUAUAAAUUUUCGGAAAAGUGGUAAAGAACAUUAAUAUAUUUUAUAAAUAUGGCGGAGGAAAAAAAGGUGCCGGAUGAUGUUGCCGGCGUAGAUACCGCGGCAACUUUAAUGCAGGAUGAUUUCAGUUUGGACGAUGAUGAUGACGACGAUAUUGGAUAUGCAGAACCAUUGCGUGACAAUGCUGAUAGUUCCAAUAACCCACCAUGUUAUAUGCCACAAGCUGGCGACAAUAUACCUAGCGAUGAUCAUUUAAAACCCAUGAAUGCAGUUGGUCCAUAUGCAACGGGAAAGGUUGAUUGGUCACCAUUGGGCGGGUUAACUGGUACUCGCCCUGUUGUCGAUCGUUAUUCAAUAACACGCUUCAGUCCAAAUGAGUGGCGUGCAAGGAACAAUGACGUCAUUAACAGUGUUUUGAAAAAUUUUGAAGAUGAGGAGCAAAAUAAAUACAGAUGUAAUACUUCAUGUGAGCGUAUAACGCGCUUGGUAAAUCAAACCCAAGAUGAUACAAAUGAUUGUUUAAGACUACGUAGCCAUACCAUGAAUAAAUGGAAGAGAAUGCUCGAGGAUGCGAUUAAGGCCAUGUCUGAUGAAGUAAGUACAAUGGAAGUGGAACGUAUACGUUUGAAGAAAUCGCUUGUUAUUUUGGGUGUACCAGAAUCUAUAGCCAAGGAAUGUAUUGAACUGCGCACUGGACGUCCCGAUACUGAAUUAGUACGCGAUAAAGUUGAGGAAGAGCUGAUUAUUGAGUUAGCUUUAAUUUCUGAAAUACGUAUGCUUCUUAAAAAAACACUAGAAGAUUUUGAAGCGCAACAAGUAGAAAAUCGCACUGCACGUGAACGUUUGGAAUUUGAUUGGAGUGACAAACUACAAUCAACAAUGAUCGAUACACACAAUCUAAGUUUGACUAAUGAAUCCAAAAUAAUAAUGUUUCGCCCGGGUGCUAUACGACAACCACCAGAGCAAUCUACAGAAGUUUACUGGGAGCACUUCAGCAGAGAAUCAUUAGAGAGUUGUGAACAAUGUAGACAACGUUCGAUUGAACUUCGUCAAACAUUGAACGCAAUUUUGACUAACGCAGCUCGAGACAUACGUUCACAGGCGGAUAUCGUGGAACAGUGUUUCAUAUCCCGUAUCAAUUGCACACAAGAGGUCCUUACACGCUUCGAAAAUGAACUCCGCAAUUGUCUAAGCAGAUUGGCCGAAACGGAAAGACGUAUCGAUGACCUUCAAGAAAGCAUUCGUAAAUUUGAUAAUGGCAUGAAGGUUGCUCAAACCCGCAUGGAUAAUCGUAAUAUGCGUCCAAAUGUUGAAAAUUGUCGUGAUGCUCCGCAAAAGGCACUUAUUGAUGAAGUCAAAGUUAUACACUCCAGUGUCACUAACAUGCUGCAAGAAUUGGAUUCAGCCGAGAAAUGCAAAACUGAUUUGAUGAAUUUACGUGGUACUUUGGAACGCGAAAUUAUGUUAAAGCGUCGUACUAUCCUCUUGGAUCGUGAACGUUGCAUGCGUCUACGUUCAUUCUAUCCAUCUGCUGAUACACUUACCAACAUCGCCAUAUAAUUUUGAUUAUCUUAUAUCAUAUAUU